GUGUCUUUAACUAAUAAACCAAUAAAAAAAACUAAUUUAAUUGCUGUAGGAUGAUCCACUAAGUGCAGCUUUGAGAUUAAACGAAGACUUUUUAGUAGAGAGAGAAAGAGACUAGAAAGGAGCCUAGAAUUGAGAUCUCGGAUUCAACGUUUCUUCUUUCUUCUUUCUUCUUUCUUCUUCAAUCUUGAAGUAUACGACCAUCGGAGCAUGGAAUCUGAGGGAGUGUCCCUACCGUUGAUCCACGAGCAUGUUAUGAUGCCUUUGAAUAAUCUGCGGAAAGGUGAUUGUUGUGGGCGGUGCGGAUUCACCAGUGGUGGCUAUUACUGCAAAAGCUGUGACUUCUUUGUUCACAGAAAAUGUGUUGACGAGUCCCCUGAAUAUAUUGAACACUCAUCUCAUGCGGUUCACCCUCUUAAGCUUCAAACUAAACCACACAAAGACAAUAUAUGUGAUUUAUGCCAAGAGAGGAUCGUAAAUCUAUGCUACCGUUGCGAGAUCUGUGACUUCGAUGUGGAUCUAUUCUGUGCCCAGUACCAGCCACCAUGGGUUAUUGCUAUGUCCGAGCCAGAUGGGUUCACCCGUUGCAGGGACAAGGAGCUGUUGAAGUUAGAUUGCGUUGCUAAUUGUGGUAGGAUUAUUUGUUAUGAGUAUUAUUGCAAAAAGUGGGGUUUAGCCUUCCAUGUGGAUUGUUUAAGGAAUCGGUCGUCGGUGACAAAAGACCCGUCAGAGGUAAACCACACUUACCAUCCCUUACACCCUCUUAAGCUCUACGAAGGUAAACCACCGGAAUAUUCUGAUAGAAAAUGUCGUCUUUGCGCAAAAAAGAUAUACUUUGAUAAAUUGUUUUAUCAUUGUUCUUUUUGCAACUUCAGCUUGGAUACGGGAUGUGUUUUAAAACCACCCCCACAAUCUGUUCUUAAUUUGAAAGCUCAUGCUCACCAACUCAUCUUCCGUCCACGACUCGAUUCUUUUACAUGUAAUGCUUGCGGGUUGAGUGGAUAUCGAUGCCCUUACAUAUGUGUUCAAUGUGAUUUCAUGAUACAUCAAGACUGUCUUGACCUUCCGUGCGUCAUAAACAUUAAUCGGCAUGAACACCGUGUUUCGCGCACUUCUGUUCUUGGUGUAGUCAAUUCUGUAUGUGGAGUUUGUCACCAGAAGGUGGAUUGGACUUGGGGCGGGUAUUCUUGUCAAAGGUGUCCUCGCUAUGUCGUUCAUUCAAAAUGUGCUACUAGAAAGGAUGUGUGGAAUGGGAUAGAACUCGAAGGAGUACCUGAAGAGGUGGACGAUAUAAAUCCAUAUGUGGUAAUAGAUGACAACACAAUCCAACAUUUCAGCCACAAAGAGCAUUACCUAAGAUUCCACGUUAAUGGUGUUCUCUGCAAGGAAAACAAGCGAUGCCGUGCUUGCACCCAUCCCAUAUGUCUCCAACCCUUCUAUGGAUGCAUUGAUUGUGACGAUUUCAUUCUUCACCAAAACUGCGCUGAAUCUCCUACAAGGAAACGACAUGUGCUACACAAUGAACGGCUUACUUUAGUUACAGGCGUGGCCAAUUUCUCUGUGUGUUAUGCUUGUCAAAAAUUGUGCAAUGGUUUUAUGUACCAAUGUGCGGAUAAGAAGUUUGAUGUUCUGUGCGGAUCAAUUUCGGAGCCGUUUUUCCAUCCAAGCCAUCUCCAUCAUCCCUUAUAUUACAUUCCAUCAGAGGAAGGAAAACAAUGCAACGGUUGCGACAACAAUUCUUCAUCUCUUGUUCUUACGUGCAUUGAAAGUGGUUGUGGAUUUGUGUUAGGCUUCGAUUGUGCCACGUUACCACAAGUGAUAAAGCAUAGAGUAGAUGAUCAUCCUCUCUCACUAUGCUAUGGCGAAAAGACAAAUGGUAAAUACUGGUGUGAUAUUUGUGAGAAAGAAAUGAAUCUGGAUACGUGGUUCUACACGUGUAAAGAUCAACAAGCAAGUAUGCAUACAAAGUGCGUGCUAGGAGACUUUACUGGGCUCAUGCCAAGAAGCACAAUCGAUUAUUAUGACAUAUCAUACGAGGUGGUGCUCAAUAAUAGUGUAUCUCGCCCAUUUUGCAGGGUGUGUGAGUCUCAUUGCAUGUACCCUAUCAACUUGAAGAUGCUUGGAACUACGUAUCACAUUUGCUCUUUACAAUGCGCAUAUCUUGCAGGAUCCAGAAGACUAAAAGCAAACUGAAGAUAGAUCGUUAAAAGCCAAAAAUGAAUAAAGUUUGUGAAGCCAAGAUAGUUUUAGAAUUCACUAAGAUAGUAUCCGCGCUACGCCGCGGGAUUAUUUUUUAUUUUGUUUUUAUUUUAAUUAUUUUAAAGCUAA